AUGGUGGACGCAUGCCUAGGCCGCCCUACGCCCUACGCCCUACUGAGGAGCGAUCAGAAUGUCCACUUACAAGCCCCGCGAGUUUCCAAGUCCCGCCUCUUCGGGCCCGCCAAGCCCGCGGAAGAGGCGUCGGCUUUGAGGGAGUCAGAGAACAAUCAAGGUGAAAUGAGGCUGGAGGAGUUCCUUUAUCGCACAGACACCUUUCGGAGCAACACAUUCCACGGACAUGACAACUCAGAAAUGAAGACGGAAUUUCUCACUGCAGAAGAAAAUCUAUCACGACAUCUUCGGCCUGAGAUCGACGCAAUCCUCAGUCAACACCGGAUACCCACAGAAUCUUUCCACCACACCCUGAAAGCACGAGUUACAGGCAGCUAUUUCUUUUUGCUGCGCGUUACGGUAACAGGUGAUGGGUCAACCUUCAUCCGCUUAGGGCCUACCAAAGACAGCCUUGUCAAGCUGCUUCGUAAGAAUUCCCUUACGAAUGACGAGAAUUUGAAAUAA